AGAAAAGUGGAAGUUGUUUAGUGGAUUAAAUGGUUUUCUUUCAAAAACAAACUGAACAUAACAGAAAAACUUUCCGGAUUUAUGGGAUCAAAGCAGAUAAUUUAGACUUGGUUGUGGAAUGAAGAAGUUCAGGACUGUGUGUUAAGAGAAAGGCUGAGGUCAGAAGUGAGCAUUUUGAGCAACAGUAGGUUUCACGCAGAGAAUGAGAACCACAGAUGUCAUUUGUUUUGAGGGUGCUUCUGGAAAAGAGAAGGUCAGAAGGAGCUGGAUUGUGUCUUUCUAGAUCUAGAUGGAAAUGACGGGAUACAGAGAAAGGAGCUGGGGUUUUGUAUGAAGAGUCAGAAAUGUGUUGGAGUUGAGCAGGAUGUAAGACAGCAGUGAGAUGUGCUGUAGGUGUGAUGGAGAAGUUCACGGUGGAGGUGGGACUGCUUCAAGGAUCAGCUUUUUUUUUCCAUUGUUUACUGUGGCGAUGGACAGACUGACAGAUGAGGUCAGACAUGGAUAUCCACGGAUCAUACGAGAGAUCAAAUCUUACUUACCUGAGAACCACCAGUGUUUUUCUGCAAUGAUGGAAAACGGUGUUCUUCAAAGGCGACAUAAGCGUUUAUGCACAAAGAAUUCCCCUGAAAGAAGGGAAUGGAAGAUGAUGAAACUGCUGAAUGAUGACGAGGGCAUACAAGAGGAAGAUGGUGACACUAAACUAGGAGAGUUCUCCCAUCCUGUUCCCUGGCAAAAAAUAGAGGCAGAGGGACUCGACUGUGAUUAUGCAUUGAUUUUCUCUAAAAAGGAAGCCGAUGAGCUGUUUAAGCAUUUGGAGGAGGAGGUGGUGUACUCUACAGGAGAAGAAGCAAAGGUCCAGGUGUAUGGAAAGGUCUACAACAUCCCAAGAAAGCAGGCAACGUAUGGAGACACGGGUUUAAUGUAUACUUAUUCUGGAGUGACCCGUUUAGCCUGCCCGUGGACCCCCACUUUGGAAAACAUUCGAGAUGCAGUCACUAAAGCAACCGGGCAGACGUUCAACUUCGUUUUGAUAAACAGGUACAAAGAUGGGCUGGACCACAUGGGCGAGCACCGCGACGACGAGAAGGAGCUGGACCCCUCCUGUCCCAUCGCUUCCGUCUCUUUAGGAGCAGCGCGGGAUUUCGUCUUCAGACACAGAGACACUCGAGGAAGAAACAGCAGUCGGCAGAUUGAACCCGUGAAGCUGGAACUGUCCCACGGAAGCCUGCUCCUCAUGAACCCGCCCACCAACCACUUCUGGUACCACAGCCUUCCUGUGCGGAGAAAAACCCUCCAGCCGCGCAUUAACCUCACCUUCAGACGCAUCUUGAACAGCAAGAAAUGAAAGUAGCGUUGAAAAACAAAAAUUGCAGUUGAUCCCAUUUUUUAUGUUACCAACUUGGGUUUUUAAACCAUCACAUUUGAUUAAAACAAAUGCAAAUAUUUAUCUGUAAA